UCAGGCUUCACUUGGAAAUGUCUCGAACCACAGUUUUAUUCCAAAUCUGAAGAGCCUUCUUCUGCGCUGGAGUAUGUAAUAAAAAGAGACUGGCUGUGCUCUAAGAGCGCGGAAGAGUGGCUAUGUGACAACAGAGGGCGUGGUCACAUUUACUUAAUUGACCAUGACGUGUUGGUUCAGACCAUGAGUCUACUGGUUGACUUUAGUGAGAAUAUAUUGAACAUUUGGGUGUUCAAGUCUCCGCUUUCCGACUGGCAGCGUACUCAGCUAUUUUUGAAUCACCAGUUUGUCGUGAUUAAAACAAAGAACUGGUGGUGGUCCAUUGAGAAGAACUCGGAAGUAAUUCUCAUUCAGAGAAGCAAACACUUGAAGGGAUAUGGUGGAGUCCUCGACUACGCAAACAACAACAAGAGGAAAACUCCAUUACUUCGAGUCAGCUCCGAUGUCGGACAGAAAACCAUGAAGGAUCUUAUAGAGUUUCUUCAUGAAGAAGACGAACUAAACAAGACGUACUUUUGGAACGUAAAUAAUUGCAAACAUUUUGCAAAGAAAAUUUAUGAUGAAUUCGCGAAAAGGACGUUGCAUGAUACAACGCUUGGAUGUGACCUUCGUGGAAACAAGAAAACCAUGUCCGAGUGUGUGUGGCAUAGGAGGUUGCUUAAAAAACGUUUUGGUACGCAUCAAAUGCUUUUUGACUCACUUAAAUAG